AGUCGUGGAUUUUUGAGUACGACCCGGAGACAAAAAGACAGAGUUCAGAGUGGCACACUCCAUCGUCGCCCCGCCCCAAGAAGGCACGCAUGAGCAAAUCCAGAAUCAAAACCAUGCUCAUUGUCUUCUUUGACGUCAGAGGCAUUGUUCACCAUGAAUUCGUACCUACAGGGACCACUGUGAACGCAGCUUUCUACUUGGAAGUGCUAAAAAAAUUGAAAAAAAGGGUCACACGUUGCCGAAGCGACAUCAAGAACGCGUGGAAGCUGCAUCAUGACAACGCGCCAAGCCACAGCGCCUUCGUUGUCAACGAUUUCCUGGCCAAGACCCACACCCCAUUGGUUUCCCAGCCUCCCUACAGUCCCGACCUGGCACCCGCAGACUUUUUUUUGUUUCCUCGUUUAAAACAAGGCCUGAAAGGAAAACAUUGGGGCACAAUUACAAACAUCCAGGCACAUGUGACAUCGGCUCUAAAGGACAUCCCGGAGAAGGCCUUUCAGGAUGCCUUCCAGGCCUGGAAGCAUCGCCUCCAAAAAUGUAUCGAUGCGGGAGGGUGCUAUUUUGAAGAUUUCUAACCAUUGGUCACCUACAAAUGGAUAAGCAAAGAGCUACAAAUCCAUGUCAACAUAGCAAAACAGUUGUUAUGGGAAUUUUAUCAAAAGUAUCAUAAAACCAAUGACAUUGAAUGCACUCAUUUGCUAAUUGGUCACCUGAAGGAUAAUGGAAUGCGCGUGGAGAUUGUCAAAUUAUCCGACGUACCUAAGGCUAAGGAAAAGUUUAAUAAAAUUAUCUCGGAACAUGUCUACAGCGUUCAUAAACCAAUCGCGAAUCUGGAGCUGCUUGCCACUUCUGGUUCGGGUGAUGUAAAAUACAGCGCAAUAAAAUGCGAUGCUUGCAAAGAGCGAAGUGAUGAAGAAAUGCAGUUGUUACGUUGGGGUGCAGCUGCUAACAAAGUUACGAUUGAAAAUACGACGAACUCAAAAUCCACAGAUCUAAUAAAUCCAUCAAAGGUAGAAAAAAAUGCAUUGACAGCAAAGAAAAAUGGAUUCAAUAAUCUAUUUAAUAUGGCUGGAAAGUCGAAGAGCCCUGAAAAAUUAAAAUCUUUCCAAGAAAACAAAGACUCAAUGAAAAAGUAUACAAAUUUGAAGGGAAAGGAGUCAGAAAAAAAUAAAGAUUUAACCGAAGGAGAGAAAGAUGAAGCCUUGAUAGGGCAAGCUAAGGGAUCGACAGAGAAGGAAAAAGACAUUGUAGAAAAGGAUAAAAAUUCUAUCCAGAAAAAUAAAGGCGUUUCUAAAGAUUCUGCACAGAAGAUUAAAAGUACCGAGAAAAAUAAAGGCUCUAAUUCCACUGCUAAAAAGGCGUCACCACCAAGCAAUUCUACGAAAAAAGGAAACUUGCAUAACUUCUUUGGAAAGGUGACAUCUCCUUCAAAGUCUGUAGAGGUAGCACCAUCAGAAAAGAAUAAUGAUAACGUCAGAAAAGAAUCUACCAAAGAGAAGAUAACUAAAGAAAAGAAGAAUUCACAUGGAAAGAAGCGAAACAGAAGCAAAGAAAUGGAUAAAAGUGCUAAAAAGCGAAAAAGAAUUGUUGUACAAAAUGAUUCUAGUGAUUCAGAGGAGCAAAGCGAUGUAGAAAUGGAGGAAUCAGUUCCGGAAGAAAUGGAGCCUGAAACUCCUACAAAACCGAGAAGCCCUUCACCACCAAGAGUGAAACAAGAAAAUGGCAAGAGAAAAGUAUUGAAGUUAGUCAAUAGAACUUACAAGGAAGGUGAAUACAUUGUAACGAAGAAAGAACAUGUUUAUGUAAGUUGUUCGGAAGAUGAAGAGGAAGAGAAAAAGGAGGAGAUAAAAAGAAAAGAGAAAAAAGCUGAAGCUCAGAUAGAGAAAGUAAAGAAGAAGCAGUCAUCGUUAACAGAUUUCUUCAAGAGAUCUUAGAAUUGUUCCAAAAUCUCUAAGUAAUUCGUAAAUAUUCAUUUGUUUUAAUGUGUAAUAUAUUACUUAUUAAUAUUGAUAACAUAAUAUGAUGUUAGUAAAUAUCAUAUAUAAUUUUAAUAAUAAUAAGUAAUGUAAAAUUAAAAGUAAGUAAUGAUAUAUAUUUUUGCAAUGCGACAUUUAUAACGCAAAAGUUAUUGCUUUAAAGCAUUUUGCAUUUGCACUUGAUAAUAAUAAAUGAUUUUUAAAUGUUCGUUGAUUACUUAAAAA